AUGCCUCGUCCAGGACCUCCACGCCCAGUAUCGGGGCCUCCACGCUUGGGCCCCUGGGAGCAACCAUCAGAGCUCUGCCUGGAGACAUAUGAGCAGCCCUCCAGGCCCCCACCAAGCCGUCGGACCCGGAAGCCAGACCCGAAGGAUCCUGGACAUCAUGGGCCAGAGAGCCUUACCUUCAUUUCAGGUUCUGCUGAGCCAGCAACAGAGCCCCCUGCCUGCUGCCCGCUCUGGCGCCCCUGGGUAUGGGACUGGUGCCAAGCCGCCUUUUGCUUCCGCCGAUGCCGAGGUUGCCUCCAGCGAUGCGGAACUUGUGUACGGGGCAGCAGCCCCUGCUUGUCACCUGGAGAUUCCACGGAAGGGGCUGAUGAAGCCAGCUGGGCCAAAGAGCACAAUGGGGUGCCCCCCAGCCCUGACCGGGCCCCACCAAGCCGGCGGGAUGGCCAUCGGCUCAAAACACCCAUGGGAAGCAGCUUCAGCUACCCUGACGUCAAGCUUAAAGGCAUCCCUGUCUAUCCCUACCGCAAUACCACCUCCCAAGCCCCAGAUGUGGACUCCUGCUGCAAGGAGCCCCUGGCUGAGCCCCCCACCCUACGACACAGUCUGCCCAGCACCCUCGCCAGCAGCCCCCGAGGCUCGGAGGAGUACUACUCCUUCCAUGAGUCGGACCUGGACCUGCCUGACAUCGGCAGUGGCUCCAUGUCGAGCCGAGAGAUUGAUGUGCUCAUCUUCAAGAAGCUAACGGAGCUGUUCAGCGUGCACCAGAUUGACGAGCUGGCCAAGUGCACAUCAGAUACCGUGUUCCUGGAGAAGACCAGUAAAAUCUCGGACCUUAUCAGCAGCAUCACUCAGGAUUAUCACUUGGAUGAGCAGGAUGCUGAGGGCCGCCUGGUCCGUGGUAUCAUUCGCAUCAGCACCCGGAAAAGCCGGGCACGUCCACAGAAUGUAGAGGGGCGUUCAAACCGAGCCACUGCUCCAGCUGCUGCUGCCCCCGAUAGUGGCCACGAAACCAUGGUGGGCUCAGGGCUCAGCCAGGAUGAACUGACUGUGCAAAUCUCCCAGGAGACAACAGCAGAUGCCAUUGCCCGGAAGCUGAGGCCUUACGGAACCCCAGGAUACCCAGCCAGCCACGACUCGUCCUUCCAGGGCACCGACACAGACUCAUCUGGGGCACCUCUGCUCCAGGUGUACUGCUAACCUCUGCUACACCCCGCGCCACAGCCUGUAGGAGAGAACUAAUCUACAGAAUGAAGAGAGGGACCAGGACCCAGUUUCUGGAAGGCAGGGCCAUGAACCCAGAUGCAGUGCUUGCUCUGGCUCUUCCUGCCUGGCUGACUGGUUUCCAGACCACGUGCAUUUCACUGGGCCCUGGUGCCCAUCACUGACCCCAACUCCCAACUCGCCAGACC